UAGAGAGAGAGAGAGAGUGGGAGUGCGAGUGGGAGUGGGAGAGAGAUAGAGAGCGAGAGAGGAAUGCCAUGAAAAGAGAGCACAAAGAAAGCAAUGCAAACAAAUUGUUGGGGAACUGCUAAACGUCUUCACGGUGUCGUCUACAACUAUGCUGGUAACUGAAGAUUCCAGCCUCGAUCAGUUGCAGACGGUCAGUCGUGCGAGACAGUUGUGUGCGCGGCGGUGUGAAAAUUGCCAACAUCGAAGCUCGACAACAACAACAAAAUACAACAACCACAAUCACAAUCAGAAACCAAAAACUCCCCCAGCGAGAAACAGAGAGGAACCAACAAUGAAAUUCGUGAUUUUGCUGUGCGUACUGAGUGCGCUGCUGCUGCAGAUUGAGGCCUCGCCGGUGCAGCUGCACUCGAGGAGCGAGCGGGCGGUGUCCCGCCAGCAGACGGCCAACAACGAGGUGGCUCCGGCCGCGGCGCCGGCCAGCGAUGAUGAUGACGACGAUGAUGACGAUGACGACGAUGAUGAGCCGGAUCUGGGAGAUUUGGUUGAUGAUGAUGAUGAUGACGACGACGAGGAGGACGACGAUGACGAGGAGGAGGACGACACGCCCCAGGGCCAGGCAGCCCCAGCAGCCGGCGCCAGCGACGAUGACGACGAGGAGGACGACGACGAUGAUGACUACCUGGAUAGGCUGUUCGACGAUAUCUUGGGCGAUGACGACGACGAGGACGACGAUGACGAGGUGGUGCCCGCUGCCAGUGCGCAGCAGCAGAGCCCCGUGGCCGCCGCGCCCGCUCAGCCCCUCGAAGAAGUUGCGCCCGCCGCCUCCGCCAGCUCGCUGAGCUCGGGCAUCUCGGACGGCGUCGACUUGCCCGCGGAGAGUGGCAACGCUGCCGAGCCCGUUGCAGCUGGCAACGCCGUUGAGGAUGCGGCCGCAGCCGCAGCGCCCGCCCAGACACAGACGAGCAAUAGCAACAACGAAGGUGAACUAAAUGUUUUUUACGAUGAAGAUGCACUUGUAGACGGUAGUAGUGGUAGCACCAAUAGUUUAAGUAGCACAAAUGCAAUUGACCAACAAAAACAAAACCUAAUACAAAUACAACAACAAGUACAACAACAACUGCCACAACAACAACAACAACAACAUGCGACACAACAUCAAGCAUCAUCACAACAGCAUAUUACAACAACAACAGUCACAACCACAUCAACAAAGAACACUCUUAAGAAUAACAACAUUAAUAAUAACAACAACGAUCUAGUCGUCAGCACCGCUCCGGCGCAGUCGGCGGUGGGCGCUGUGGGCGUGUCAGCGGGGCCGAUCGCAGCGCCUGCUGCUGGUAUUAGUGGCGCCGGUGCAGCGUCUGAUGACGAAGACGACGACGACGACGACGAGGACGAUGAAUAUGAUGAUGAUGAUGAUGAUGGUGGUGAUGAUAUUGAUGAUGGAGUCGAUGAAAUUACAGGUGCGCUGACAGGUGACGACGAGGAGGCUGACGACGACGAAGAUGACGAUGACGAUGAUGAUAUCAUUGGCGACGACGUCAUCGAGGCCAGACGCGAAGCACGUGAUCUGAUAAACAACGUGAUUGACAUGUCCACGGAUGCAUUCCAAGCGCGCCAUAAUCACUUCAUUGAUGCCAUAUUCUCUCGCAUAAACCGCAUUGUCGCCGACAAUUAUGACCCAUUUGUUGUCCGACUGGCUGGGCGCUCGGCCACGGCCACGCCCACGUAUGGGAACACUGCUGUGAAGAGCACAACGAAGACCAAGGGUAAUGCCAGCCAUAAGACAUCGCACAAGAAACUCAAGAAUACCAGAUCGGAGCCGCGCAUGGCCAGUAGCACGGAGUCGGUCAAAUUGCAGCAGCAAUUGACGCAAUUACAGACAGAACUUGGCCUCAAAGUCGGCGAGCAGCGAACGGGGGAGGAGCAGCAGACGCAACAGGCCGUGGCAUCCGGCUCUGGUAAAGCGGAAACGCGCACAGUGUUCAAUGGGGAGCAGGCGACGAGCAAGGCCAGCCCAAAGAAAUCCACGGCUGGCCAGCAGACGACGCAUAAGCACAGCCCGAAGAAGACAGGGCUGAAGGCGGGCAGCGGCAGCUACAAUCAGCCGGCGGGCGUGGGGGCCAGCAAGGCGGGCGCGGAAGUGGAGAAGCUGCAAAAGGCGGAGGGCAGCCUGUCCGGCCUGGCGUCGCUGAAACGUGUGGGCAAUGUGAAGGUGAUCAGCGAUGCGGAAGGACGCAAUUCGACCAUUAAGGCCAGAUUCACGCUGGGCCCAUUGACUCUGCGCGUCGAGAAGUCCUUCAAGCGGGGCAGCGUGCGCAACGUGAAGAGCGCAACGGCCAGAACCAACGAGAUGAUCGGCCGCAUUAAGUUCAGUGUGGUGGAUGAUCGGGCCACCCUGAUGUCAAUCAAGGUGCAGCAGCCCAAGCAGGUCGAGGUGGAGAGCAAGGACAAUCACGACAGAACCCGCGAAUUCGUCUGGCGCCGCACACCCAAAAUCGCCAAAUUGGUCAACGAGAAGCUCAAAUUGGCAGCCGAGUCCCUCUUCGCGCCGCAGGGCGUUGAGGUCGUCAGACUCUAAGGACUAGGCGGACGGACAGUUGCCUGCUUUUGC